CAGUACUCGGCCUUCGGCUGCUGCGCCCCGGAGCAGGACGCCGCGCUGGCCCACCGCUUCGGGGCCCUGGCGGCGCGCGUGGACGCCGACGAGUGGGCCGCGUGCGCCGGCUACGCGCUCGACCUGCUGUGCCAGGACCCCCGAUAUGAGUGGGCCCCGGGCCGUGAUGCCCCAAGCGCUCCAGCCCCCACAUGGUUCGUGCUGUGCGCUCUCCGUGGGAUGGUGCCCCACCCGGCAGAGGAGCUCUCGUCCUUCAAGACCACCUGGGUGGCAUCCCUUUGGUGAAACCUCUAUGACCCCAUCCUCCCUCUGAGGGCAGAGACCCCGCUUCUGUCCACAGCAGAUGGUGCCUUAGCUGUUUGUUUUCCUCCUGCGUGGGUCUGAUUCCUGAGUGCCUGCCCGGAACCCGGGAAUGCUCGCCCUACGCGGCCCACCUCUACGACGCUGAGGACCCCUCCACGCCCCUGCGGACGCUGCCCGGACUCUGUGAGGACUACUGCCUGGACAUGUGGCAGACGUGCCGGGGCCUGAUCCGCCACCUCUCGCCCGACCGCGAGCUCUGGGCGCUGGAGGACAACCGUGCCAAGUUCUGCCACUACCUGUCCCUGGACGACACGGACUACUGCUUCCCGCGCCUGCUGGUCAACGAGAACCUCAACUCGAACCUGGGCCGCGUGGUGGCCGACGCCAAGGGCUGCCUGCAGCUGUGCCUGGAGGAGGUGGCCAACGGGCUGCGCAACCCCGUGGCCAUGGUCCACGCCCAUGACGGCACGCACCGCUUCUUCGUGGCCGAGCAGGUGGGGCUGGUGUGGGCCUACCUGCCCGACCGCUCGCGGCUCGAGAAGCCCUUCCUGAACAUCAGCCAGGCCGUGCUCACCUCGCCCUGGGAGGGCGACGAGCGGGGCUUCCUGGGCAUCGCCUUGCACCCUGGCUUCCGGCACAACGGCAAGCUCUAUGUCUACUACUCAGUGGGGGUCGACUUCGACGAGUGGAUCCGCAUCAGCGAGUUCAGGGUCUCUGAGGAUGACAUGAACACCGUGGACCACCGUUCUGAGAGGAUCAUCCUGGAGAUUGAAGAACCAGCCUCGAACCACAAUGGGGGCCAGCUGCUCUUUGGGGACGAUGGGUACCUCUACAUUUUUACCGGAGAUGGCGGCAUGGCCGGAGACCCCUUUGGAAAGUUUGGAAAUGCCCAAAACAAGUCGGCGCUGCUGGGCAAGGUGCUGCGCAUCGACGUGGACCGCAACGAGCGCGGCCCACUCUACCGCAUACCGCCCGACAACCCGUUCGUGGGCGACCCCGCCGCGCGGCCAGAGGUCUACGCGCUGGGGGUGCGCAACAUGUGGCGCUGCUCCUUCGACCGCGGCGACCCGGCGUCGGGCGAGGGCCGCGGGCGCCUCUUCUGCGGCGACGUGGGCCAGAACAAGUUCGAGGAGGUGGACCUGGUGGAGCGCGGCCGCAACUACGGCUGGCGCGCCCGCGAGGGCUUCGAGUGCUACGACCGCAAGCUGUGCAACAACGCCUCCCUCGAUGACGUGCUGCCGAUUUUCGCCUACCCGCACAAACUGGGCAAGUCGGUCACCGGCGGCUAUGUGUACCGGGGCUGCGAGUACCCCAACCUCAACGGCCUCUACAUUUUCGGCGAUUUCAUGAGCGGGCGUCUGAUGUCCCUCCGAGAGAACGCAGGGACAGGCCAGUGGCGGUACAGUGAGAUCUGCAUGGGCCGUGGCCAGACCUGCGAGUUCCCAGGCCUCAUCAACAACUACUAUCCGUAUAUCAUCUCCUUCGCGGAGGACGAGGCCGGGGAGCUGUACUUCAUGUCAACAGGCGUGCCGAGUGCCACUGUGGCCCGUGGGGUGGUGUACAAAGUGACUGACCCCUCCAGACGGGCACCGCCCGGCAAGUGUCGGAUCCAGCCCACGCAGGUGAAGGUGAGGAGCCGUCUUGUCCGCUUCGUGCCCAAAGAAAAGUUCAUCCGGAGGACGGAGAGCACCCCGCGGCCCACAGCGCGCGCUCCCACCAAUGCACCCCGCCGCAGCCGCCCCACAGCUGCUCCUCCCGCGCCCACCCCGCGGCCGGCACGGCCCACCCGGCGGCCUGGGGGCCGGAGAGGCGGCGGGCGGCGGCGGGGGCGGCCGGGCACAGCGGACCCCGCGCCCUCGAACGGUGCCGUGCGCCUGGUGCGGCCCGCGGGCUUGAGUCCAGGCCGCGGGCGCGUGGAGGUGUUCGCGGGCGGACGUUGGGGCACCGUGUGCGACGACGCCUGGGACACCAAGGCCGCGGCCGUCGUGUGCCGCCAGCUGGGCUUUGCGCACGUGGUGCGCGCCACCAAGCGCGCCGAGUUCGGCGAAGGCCGCGCACUGCCCAUCCUGCUGGACGACGUGCGCUGCAAGGGCGGCGAGCGCACCCUGCUGGAGUGCACGCACGCUGGCGUGGGCACGCACAACUGCGACCACCAGGAGGACGCGGGCGUCGUGUGCAGCCGAGAGGACCCCGACAUGUAGCCGAGCAUCCUCCCUCCGGCCGGAGCCUGGCAGAGCCCCUUUACCCUCUGCGCGCCUGGUGCGUGCACGCGAGUCCCAAGGUGGAGGAAGUCAGGGGGUGUGGUGCAGGAGGUGGCGCAUCUGUGAUGCUGUCCUGUGGACCCGUGUGAGGUGUGUGCAGUGCAUGUGUGUCCUUGCAGACUGAAAGCCAGAGCGCGUGGUUGGGUCUGAGUGGUCCCUGUGGGUGUGUGGUGGUGAGCCUGAGCUGUUCAUUUCUUACCUUGAGCACCCCAAGCAGCAGCAGGAGCAUCAUCUGGCAGUGGAACCCUGAGUGCUGAGGGCAGCCACUCUUCAAGGACAGACAUGGCCCCUGGCUGCAUUAACAGAGGCACAGCAGGCAAACUGAGGGAGGGGCCAGGCCUGCCCUGCCCAUGGCUGGAAGGGAAGGCCCAGCUGAAGAAUGUGUGGCCUGAGGGUGGCCCAAACAGCGUGGACUGGUGGCCCAGCAGUCAGAGGUACUGAGAACAGAAAGGCAUCCAGUGGGGCAGAGGGCAGCCGUCAGACCAAUGGGUCCAGGGUGACCCUAGGCCAUGGAUAACGUAAUGAGGGGCAGGUUACCUGGGGAGGGCUGGCCGGGGGUCACUGGACCUCUGGGAGAAGCAUCCUGGUCACCUCGGACCUCAUCAUCACGCUGGGCCCAUGUGGGUGCUCUGGGGAGGGUGCUGAGCCCCCCAACCCUGAGGCUUGACUCUCCCCUACUCUCUGGGACCGAAGCCACCCCUGUUGGCUUGGCCAAGCUCCCACCUGCCCACUCCAAGCACCUGGGCCCCUGGGCUUCUCUACUUUGAAGGCUGUGUUGGGGCCACUGGGGCCACCUCUGUCACCUCCAAACCCACGCCUGCUCACUGAAAUGCCAGGGUCCCCUCUAAUUCCUCCAGCCCCACCCGGGGCCGACCAGGCUGUGGGUCCAGUGAGACUACUGAUGCUCUGUCCCACAGGGCUGUGCCAACAAUGUGACUGUUUACAGACCCCUUCCUGCCUCUUUUGUCUGACCCAGGCUUGCCUGGGAGCUGGGGAUGGGGGUGCAGGGAGGGGCUGGCAGCGUGGGGGGCUGGGCGCAGCCUCGCUCCUGCUCACAGGUGGAAAUUCCUUUACCCACUGAGGGCCUCAGCCCUGGCUCGAGCCAGGCCUGUCAAGGGGCAUCAAGUACAGCUGGGCUCAGCCUCUGAUGGGGGACGGGGAGGACAGGAUAUGGCCUGUGUUGCAGGGCUGCAAGGGCUCUCGGUGGGGCACCCCCACCCGAUCUCUGUGUUGUUCUGAGAGUCGAGCUGGCACGAGGGCCGUGUGCCUGGCAGAGGCAGUGGCUCUGUGAAGCUCUGCCGGGUGAAGCUGCGUCUGGCUGCAGAAGAAAGCUGCAGGGUCGCCCUCGGACUCCUCCUACUCUGCCCUAAGUGGGGUCGGCGAGGGCCCUGGGCCCUUGUGGCCUAUCUGGCCCUGUUGAGUCCCCCGUGGGAACCCGGGUUAGCCCUGCUGUCCAGUGGGGCCUACGUGCUGGGCACCGUCGUGAGAACAGUGCAGUGUAUGUGAACCUGCUCAGUGCCCAGGACAGCUGCCCUUCCUGCCCCUCCCCGCCCUGCUGCACUCCCGCCUCCUUUCAAGGCUUGUAGGCCGCGCCACCGCAAGGUGUGACCUGGCACGUGGGGCAGAAGUGAUGGGGGACACCUGCCCCUGCACCUCAGCACCGACAGCCAGGGGCCCCCCUCUGGGGCUCCAGCACCUUCCCCCAAGUGGCGGAGUGGUCUGGCCCUGAGUGUCACUGUUGUUUUGCAGGAUGACUGGGAGAAGUCCCAGGUGCCUCCACUCCCCAGGGCAGCGCUGGCCUUGGCCUGCCAGUCCUCCAGACAGGGUCCCCCCCCAGGCUCCGGACAAGACGUGGGCUGCGGCCUGACUCCUGAGCAAGAAGUUAACACCGACCCACUGCUCCUGAAUAGUAAUAUCCUGAGGUGGCCAGCUGGCAUUCGCAGGGCACUUACUGUGUGCUAGGCACUGUUCUAGAAGCUUCACAUAUUCCUUACUCCUUUAAUCCUCAAAAUAGCUCUAUGAGGCAGGUGCCAUAGUCACCCCUCGUUUUACAGAUGUGAAAGCUGAGGCCCAGGGGGGCUUAGUUACUUGCCAGAUGUCGCACAGCCAAUAUUUGAAACCAGAGAGUCUGGCCCUGGAGCCCCAGCUGUGGGCUGUCACCCUGUGCUGCCUAAAGAGCAUGGAACUCCCCUCUUUGGGCCCCAUCACUGUACAGAUGGGGACACAAGCCCAGGGAGGGGCAGAGCCAGGUGCGGACUCCCUCUCCAGUGCUCCUUUCACUCCAGUGCCUACAGCUGGCUCCAAGGAAGCAUUCACAAGUGACUCUGUCCCCAGCGUCUUUGGGCCUGCUGUAGAGUCCUCCAGGGUCUCUAGGGAUGGGGCCGGCCCAGGCCAAGGCUCCCUCUGCUCACUCCCAGCCUCUGCCCUCACCCGCUCUAAUCCGGCCUCCGGUCGGCAGCUAGAGGGAUCUCUCAGAGCCUAAGCUGCUUAGGCUGCUUCACCCGCAGCAGAGCUCCGGAGCCCCUGGAGCCCACUGCUGCAGGGAUGUCCCAGGUGUGGCCCCACACCCAGGACCGCAUCCAUGGUGUCAGCCUCGCGUAACAACACUCCGGGGCCCUGACUGGGCCUCAUUUCUUCCUCGUUCACCUGCAUCCCUCAGCCAGACCAGGGCCCUGAGUAGCCACCCUUCUCCUCUGACAACAGGAAAGGCCCUCUGCCCUGACAGCUGCAGUCAGUGGCUAAGGCAUGCAAGCUAGUGGGCAACCGUCAGCUCCCCGAGGCACCCCUGGGUUUACGCCUGACAAAUGCUCAACUGGGAGGCUAGAGAUGGGGGUUCCAGCCUUGGCUGUGUGACCUUGGGGGAGGUCACUUAACCUCUCUGAGCCUCAUUGGAAACCAGAUAAUCAGCACGAUUAUUGGAAGAAAAAUGAGGUUACAUUUACCAACAAGCCCAGCUAGUUCCGGGUUGCUUCCUGGACAGAAAGCUCAAUACCAGGCUGGUGGUGUCCACACUGGUGGUUGCCAACUGCGCAAGACAGGGUGGGAAGGAGCAUGCUGUGUGGAGGGACCAGCAUGAGAAUGAUCUGGGGACAAGUCCUCAAAAUGGGAGGAAGAUGAGCCCCUUCACGCUGCUCUGUGGAACCCAAGUCUUCCUGUGGGGGCGUCUGUUCUCUCACCGGCCCUGCUGAGAACUAGCGUUUAUUGAGGACUGACUGUGUGCCAGGUGCCUCAGGGGUGCCAGCUCAUCUAAGCCUCACAGUGGCCCCAUAAGGCACCCUUGACAUCACCAUCCUUCUUUUCCAGAUAAGAGCACAGAUCCCCAGGGAGGGUAGUCUUGGGUCCCACGUUCAGAAGGGGAGGCAGCUUUGAGCCGCUCAAGUGAGGGCAGCCGCUUCAGAGCCACCUCUUCUGCCUGCAUCUCCCUCUGCUUCCUGCUGGGAAACCACUUCCUGUAUGGCAUCGUCUACACUGCUGGUUCUCAAACUCGAGCAGAAUCACUUGCAGGGCUGGUUAAAACACAAGUCGCUGGGGUCCUGUUAGAGAUUUUGACUCAGUAAGUCUCGGUGAGGCUGAGAAUUUGCACUGUCACACCGGCGGGACUGAGAUUUGCAUUGUGACACCGGUGAUGCUGAUGCUGCUGGUCUGCGGGCCACACUUUGAGAAUCGUUGUCUAUACUAGU